AUGAUGGUGCCACACGGGUGGAGUUUCCACAACAUUGAGAAGGGAAUCAUGACGGAGCGCGCUUCAUCUCCGUGGUGCCGUCCAACUUUAUCGGCCCCUGCAGGGCCUGUCCUUCAACGCCUUGGCCCUACCUGGACCAGUGCAAAGAAGGGGACAUAUCCUUACUGCGAGCUCAUCGCAGCUUCGGAAUGCGCCACUAUCAUCGCCGAUCCGGGUGUCAUUUCGAACCAAUGGGAGCUACUUGGCUCUGGCCACGCUACGGCCCUACGUCCAUGCUCCUGUUUCAAGUUCAAGACCACCACACCCGCCGGGACUCAUGCUGUUCAACUCUGGGCGGUGAGCGGACUUCAUCGUAGUGGAGUGGUCAAAAGGCCAACCGGACCUCCCUCCCAAUCACCGCACCUGCGUGAAUGGGCAGGCAGGAGCUUAAAAACUCACUCUGGAAGCCACGAGGAGGAAGCCACGGGAGCCGCAGGGGUAGGAGGAGGCCACGGGGGCAGGGGCAGGGGGAAGCCACGAAGAAGUAGAGGAAGCGACGAGCCAAGAGCAGCCAUGGAGACAAGGAUGAGCAGAGACAGGCCACGAAGGAGAACCACGAGUGGGUCCCGUUCGAGCAUCAAGGAGACGAACCGCCAAGCGAUCUACACGCAGCGGCAGGGCUCAUACCCCGCCUACGCCAGGUCUACGGCAGGGGUGGCCAACUAG